CCCAUCAGACCCAUCAGACCACCAGACCACCAGACCACCAGACCAUCAGACCAUCAGACCAUCAGACCCAGCCGCUCAAUAUGGUUGCCGCAUUCAAUGUCGUCUACAAGAACACCCCGGGGUUCUUCAGCAUCACCAGCGAGAACGUCUCCUGGGCGACCGACCGCUCCAAACCACCCGAACUUUCCUUUCCAAUGUCGACCGUGAAGAACAUAUCCGUGAAUGUCGCCCCGACGCCCGCUCUCCUCAAGGUGACUCGAUUUCUAUCGCCGGAAGGAAAGGAAACAUCGCACAAGCUCACGUUUUCGUCCGCCAAGGAUCGAGACGACGCCAAAAACAUCCUGGCCAAGUAUCUCGAGAGCAUCCGGUCGAUCCAGGCACUCGAGCAGCCCAAGGACACGGGCGCAUCGUCGCGACAGGAGCUCGAGAUCAAAUUGAAUCUGUUGAGCACCAACAAGAGUCUGGCCAAGCUGCAUCUGGAUCUCGUCCAGUCGGGAAUCGUGUCUGAGGAUGAGUUCUGGAGCUCGAGGCGGCAUCUCAUCGCGAACCAGCUUUGGCAACAAAAUCAAAAAAGGGGCACCUCAUCGGCAUCUCGAGCCGAUGUGAAACCCACGACCGACGACAGCAAGGCCGUCUAUACCCUGAACCCGGAAAUCAUCCACUCGAUAUUCACCCAGUACCCCACGGUUCACAAGGCUUACAAAGAAAACGUUCCCAGCAAGAUGUCAGAGAAGGACUUUUGGACAACCUAUUUCCAGUCACGAUAUUUUCGCCGGACGCGGUUCGGCCAAACCACUGGGGAGCGAGACGAAUUCUUUGACCAGUACGCUGACGAAGACGAGGACGAUACCCUGCUCGUUCGCAAGAAGCUCAAGUACGAGCCCACGAAUCGCCUGCUGGAUCUGAGCCAGACACUAGAAGAUCGACUGGAGGAAUCUGGGAACAAGCCGGACGUCUCCAUGACACCUGGCGGCGUCAAGACGUCUCUGCCGCUGAUUCGGCGAUUCAAUCGGCACUCUGAGAUUGUUUUGAACACAGCCCUCAAGGAGCUCGAGGCAAGAGCGGCUGCUUCUACUUCCAGUACCCAAACGCCCUCGGGUCAGCAACACACCCAGACGGCCAAGGAGAUGAAUCGCCUAUAUAUGGACGAGACAGAUUUGGAGGACCUGGCAGCAAAGGCAAUGGAGCGCGCAAAGCCGCUCUUCAUCAGCGACGCUUCCAAAUACUUUGAAAGCCAGAGUGCCGACAGCCAGAGCCAUGCCGCCGAAGACACGAAGGAAGCCAUCGAGGCAGCGACGCGGGAGUUUAGACGGGCGCUGGACCACUGGAAGCCCAAUCUGCCCCAAAUGACUGUCGACCCAUCCAAGUCCAACGCUAUCCUCAAUCAGCUCAACCAAUUGACUGCCAAGAGGAAGCUUGAUGACAUUAGCCGGCAUGAUCAACGGCUGAAUGGACAUCCGACUCCUCAGAUCGCCGAGGCCACCGAGCUUCUUUUGUCCAUCAACGAGAUUCUCCGCCACUUUUGGUUGACGGUGCAAUAUCUCUCCAAGAACGGCGUCAAGGACGGCCGCUCCAAGCUUGAAAAGCUCGCAAAGGAACUGGAGCGGCGCCAGGGCAUUUUGAAUACCCAGGUUUAUUCGAAAAGCGAGACAAUCCAGCAGCUUGUCGAAUCGGUGCGGAUGCCACUGGAAAAGGCCCUUGCACAGUACCGGACCAUGGCCCCGUAGCGACUAGCUCGUUUCAGAGCUCCCUGGUAUUUGGUGUGGAUGAACAUGUUCUGGCCGCUGCUGUUGCUGUUCCAUUCUCCUCAAAAUGAGAUCGAGCUUGGACUCG